CACGCCUUCUCUAGAUCACCGCCAUUUUAUAACCUCUCUCUCCAUAUCGCUCUUCAAAAUUAUCGUCUACCUUCCCUUGCUUCUCUUAACCCUACAUUAUUGACUCCUCCCUUUCUCCCUCCCUCUUUCUUCGACAGCAUAAAUAGAUCCGUUCGCAACCUAUUUAUUUGCGAUUUUUCAUGUCUUUUUCCUAUUUCUUGCAAAAACCCUAGGUGAAACGCUCUAGGAAGGGAUUUGGCUACCUGCGCUGUGGGGAAGAGGAUGCUGUGUGUUUGAAGAUCUUUCUGGACUGAAGUAUUCUUUGGGUGAAACCCCUUAAGAUAUUGCAGAUUAUUAUUUCUAUAUGAAAUUGUUUUGAAACUAUUUGCUGUUCCAAUUUAAAAAAAAAAGUUUGUAGUUUCUUCCUAGAGUAAAUGUUAGGCGCAUUGCCAAUCCUGCCUCUUCCUGCACCUCCUUCUGAUGGGGAUCUUGGCCCUCUUCCCCCAUCUCAAGUGACAGAGGAGAAGGAAGAGAAACCUUCAAAUGAGGAGCAGAGCAAAACUAACUCAGCUCCUGUAUCAGUUGCAACCCACACAAGAACAAUUGGAAUCAUACAUCCACCUCCAGAUAUCAGAAACAUUGUUGACAAAACUGCUCAGUUUGUUGCUAAGAACGGACUGGAGUUUGAGAAGAGGAUUAUUGCCAACAAUGCAAACAAUGCAAAAUUCAAUUUUUUGAGUAGCUCGGAUCCUUACCAUGCAUAUUAUCAACAUCGGUUGACGGAAUUUCGCGCACAGAAUCAAUCUUCUACCCAGCAAUUUCCUUCUCAACCUUUAGAUAUUGCUGUGCCUGAAUCAGCUCCAUCUGCUCCCGCUGCUGAUAGUAAUGAUGCUGAUGCGAAACCAGAUACUGUUGCCCAGUUUAAGCCGACCAUACGUAAAGUUCUUGAGCCCCCAGAAGCAGAGCAGUAUACUGUGCGGCUCCCUGAAGGGAUUACUGGUGAAGAACUGGAUAUCAUUAAGCUCACAGCCCAGUUUGUGGCUCGAAAUGGAAAAUCCUUCUUGACAGGAUUGACUAGUAGGGAGAUCAACAAUCCGCAGUUCCAUUUUCUGAAGCCAACACACAGUAUGUUUACAUUUUUUACUCAACUUGCUGAUGCAUAUUCAAAAGUCUUGAUGCCUCCAAAGGGGUUGACAGAGAAAUUGAAGAAGAGCGUUGCUGACAUGACAACUGUCCUUGAACGAUGCUUGCAUCGUCUGGAAUGGGAGCGUUCACAGGAGCAGGCGAGGCAAAAGGCUGAGGAUGAGAUUGAGCAGGAGAGGAUGCAAAUGGCUAUGAUUGAUUGGCAUGAUUUUGUUGUUGUUGAGACAAUAGACUUUGCAGAUGAUGAGGAUGAUGACCUACCUGCUCCUAUGACUCUUGAGGAGGUUAUAAGGAGGAGUAAGGUAACUUCUAUGGAAGAAGAUGAGAUUCCUGAACCUGGAAAAGAGGUAGAAAUGGAAAUGGAUGAAGAAGAGGUGCAGCUUGUUGAAGAGGGCAUGAGGGCUGCUAGUCUUGAGGAGAAUGAUGAUGAAAAAAAAGAGACUAAGGCAAAUGAGGAACCAGAACCACCUAUGAGAAUUGUGAAGAACUGGAAGAGACCUGAAGAGAGGAUCCCUGCUGAAAGAGAUCCAACAAAGUAUGUUGUUUCUCCCAUUACUGGCGAGCUCAUUCCUAUUAAUGAGAUGUCUGAACACAUGAGAAUUUCCCUUAUUGAUCCGAAGUACAAGGAGCAAAAAGAAAGGAUGUUUGCUAAGAUUCGAGAGACAACUCUUGCUCAGGAUGAUGAGAUCUCUAGAAAUAUUGUGGGACUGGCACGGACACGACCUGAUAUCUUUGGUACCACAGAGGAAGAAGUUUCUAAUGCAGUUAAGGCUGAGAUUGAGAAGAAGAAAGAUGAACAACCAAAGCAGGUCAUAUGGGAUGGUCAUACUGGAAGCAUUGGGCGCACAGCAAAUCAAGCCUUGUCUCAAAAUAUGAAUGGAGAUGAUCAAAAUGAUGCUGCCAACAGUGACUUCAGAAACCUACCUGGUCCUGCAGCUCCUCCUCCUCGACCUGGUUUGCCUUCUUUGCGUCCUCUCCCCCCACCAGCAGGACUUGCCUUGAAUCUUCCUCGUGGGCCUCCAAACACAAUCCAUUACCCACCUCCAACUAGUGGUGGGAUGCCAGUACCUCAGCCAAGGCCAUAUUCCAUGCAGGUGAUGCCAUCAAUGCGCCCACCCACUCCUUCAAUGCCAAUGACAGGACAGCAACAUGUCAUGGUGAGUCGACCUCCUCCACUGCCUCCAUCAAUUUCUAUGAAUCCAUCUGGUAUGCCUGUACCUCCCCCACCUGGAUCCCAGUUUACGCCCAUGCCGGUACCCCAACCUUAUGCCCAUCUCCAAGUACCUCCACCUCCUUCCAUGCCUAUGAUGCAGCCGCCGCCUUUGCCACAAGGAAUGCCUCCUCCGCCACCACCAGAAGCUCCUCCUCCACUUCCUGAUGAACCAGAGCCAAAGAGGCAGAAGGUUGAUGAUUCUAUGCUUAUUCCUGAAGAUCAGUUUUUGGCCCAACAUCCGGGACCUGUUCGCAUCAAUGUGUCUGUUCCCAAUGUUGAUGAAGGAAAUCUCAAAGGGCAAGUCCUGGAGAUUACAUUGCAGUCUUUAUCUGAAACUGUUGCCAGCUUGAAGGAGAAAAUUUCCGGGGAGAUCCAACUUCCUGCAAACAAACAGAAAUUGAGUGGAAAAGCUGGUUUUCUUAAGGACAAUAUGUCGCUGGCAUAUUAUAAUGUUGGAGCAGGGGAAACACUUGCCCUUUCUUUGAGAGAGCGUGGCGGUAGAAAGAGAUAGUGGGUUCCUUAACAGGGGUUUUUAUAAGGUUUUUGUUGGAACUUCCUUGUUACUGUUAGAGUUUUACAAUUUCCCUAUAAUAUGACCGGAGUCUUUUAUUCUACCUUCUAUGAUGUUAUAUGUUGGAUGAAAUAUUGUUAUUUACCUUUAGAGUAACUAUUUGAGACCUCUUAUUGGCGUCUUUGAAACUGAUGAUAAAUUUGAUAUCUACUACAGAUCCAGCUUCUUGGCAUGUCUCUCAGGUGCAGUGAAAAUUAGAGGAGUUCGUUUUGCUUAGGCAGAGCAAGUCAUCUACUUAUUCUACUAUUUAAUUGCUCUCUUUUGCAUCUGAAGUCAAUUCUCUUGAGAAUCUAUUAUUGGCAGUCUUAUUAUUGUAUACAUUAUCCAUUAUUAGGAGUGCCUUGGUGUUGAACAUACUCGUACAUGUUAUUUCUUGAGUCUAUUUUUAAAUUUAUAAUUGCAAGUUUUGAUCCUGGACAAUGUAGUGAUUUAAAGGCCUUUUAUUUAUUUUUCUUUUCCUGCUAGAAUUCAGGUAUUGUUUUGUAGGAAGCAUGGGUAGCACCUGGAUGUGAUGAGUAGACGGUUUAUUUAGUUUGUGCCAAGAAUCCAAACCUUCAUAUGGUGCGUCUUGUGUGGAGCUUAUGGCUGAAUAGAAUUUUAUUUUGCUUCCAUGUUUUGCUUCAACCAGUUUAUAGGAAGUAGUGUACUGGUUGGAGUUUUCUCAUGCUACUAUUUUCUUACUCCAGAAGCUACUUGUUUGGACACUGCAAUGGUGUAUUCAACUCAUCAGAUGUAUGACAGAUUGGGUUGUUUGGUUGCUCUCCAUCCAUUCUGGCUUUCACCUAUGACAAAUUCGUGAAGCAGUUCCAUAGAUUUGUCAUUUACUUGUUCUUUGCAGCAUUGAGGGGAGUGUAGUUUCACCAUGGAGGCUGCCAAGAGAUCUCUGUUUACUCUCUCCUUCUAUUGGGUUUUUUGUUUAAGAAUGCAUGCAACUAUAUAUUUUAGGAGAUUAAUAAGACCAAACCAAGUGAAGUAGAAAUUUGUAUUUGUGAGUUUAGGUUUUUUAGAUGCCUAAUGUUUUAACAUGUUGCA